UCAGUACAGUGCCUGUGGUUUCGGUAUCUUUUACUAAAUUUGUAUUGUGAUGAUGGCUGCCCUUAUUUCCUUGUCUGCGGCAGGAUUAAUAGAAAAAGACAACAAUGGAGAUGUCCUGUGGACCUGGUCGUAUCCCUCCAUCUCAAGUAACAAGAAGAAGUUGCUGAUGAGGAAGUGUUGCCUCUCCCAAGAUGGCGCCAUCAUUCUUCCCUUUGUGUACGGUCAGUAUCAAAGGGAGUGGUUUUACAUCAUGACCGUGCCAGUAGAAAAUGGAUCUGCCCUCAAAAAGGUCAAACACUUUUCCUUCAUAUUACUUGCCAAAGACUUCAAUCCUGAAAAAUACCAGACCUUGAGUGAGAUCCUAUGUAGGGUAUACCACACAACGGGGAAUGCUGCCACGAUUCUUAAGGGCUACUUGUCCGUCAUCACCAAAGGCACUUGUCCUAGUGAAAACAAUGGAACUUUUGUCGCCCAAGACUUUGAUGCAAAGAAGGCCUAUGCAACAGGAUGCGUAGUCGAUGUUAUCAACUCAUUUGGUCUGGAAAGCAUCCUCAUUUACACAGCUCUACUGUUAAAAAAGAAGAUCGUAGUAUAUCAUUCUAGAAUAGAAGAGGUCAUUAAAUUCAUAAGGGCAUUGCCAUGUUUAGUAUGGCAUCGGCAGAACUGGUCCAUACUCCAUCCGUACGUACACAUGGAAGAGGAAGAAUUGGAGGAUUUAAGGACGGGGCCUGCCUAUGUUGCCGGCUUUGUAGACGCAGCUGUGGAGAACGACACUGAAUUAUACGACUUAUUUGUGAAUCUAUCAACUGAUGAAAUAACAGUAGCAACUCAUGCCAAAGAUAUGUUCACCAUGAGCAGAAUACACAAAGACAUUGCUCAGCUGAUGGUUAGGUGUGCUGGUGAUGACUCCAUGUCUAACCUUCAAGUCAUCAAGGAAAUUUCAAAGAAGACCGGUGAGCUACUCAACAACUUGAAAUCUCUGUCAGAGAAUGAAGACGAUCCUAAAAUCACGCUAGAGAGACUGAAGGAGAGGAAGCUACCCCCGGCGACGGAAGGCUUCCUCUUUGGUAUAGCAGCUGCCGAAGGGCUAGUCCAGAUGUGAUCAGAUCCUGGUCCAAGUUGCAUAGAAUUUGCUGUAAUUGUGACUUUGCCAUCCACUGGUAACCUCCGUGGAAAUCAUGAACAGCAAUCAGUUGCAUAGCAGUUACUUCAUUUUUAGAUCUUGAUCCUUUUUGACUAUGAUUGUAGAGCCUGGUCCCAAUUGCAAAGAAGUUUUUUUUAUUGUAGAUCCUGGUCGUAGUUACUAUGGUACAUUUGCUAUUCAAUGAUUAAACUUUUUUCUGUAUCUUUUUGGGCCACAGAAACAUGUUAUACCAAAUUUGACAAUUUGUUCAUAUUCUGAUCUGAUGAAAUUGCUCCGACCAUUUCCAAACUCCAUGUCAAUUGUAGUAGUCAGGUUCAAGAAAAAGUAUUUCCUUUUUUCAUAUCAUUACAAGUAUAUUUGAUGGCAAGUUUACUUGUGUAACAAACUGAAAUGACAUUUAUUUUUAAAUGAAUCUUUGGAUAGAGUGCAUGUAAAGAUUUUUUAAGAUUAGAAAAAAGAGGAGAUCGGACAAAGUUUAUUGGACCACAUUGUGAUGUAGGUUAAGGACAACUAAAUGCUAAUUCUCGUCUAAUAUUAAUCUUUCAGACAUAGACAGACUACAACAAAUCCAGGAUCGUGCAGCUCAUAUCACUUAAAAUGGCCAGAAAAUGUGAUCAUGUCUCCUUUGUUCAAAGAACUUCACUUGUUUCCCAUUCGGAAAAUAAUUACUUUGCUGUUUGUUUACA